UCUGCAAGACAGAUAAGAUGCUGCCUCCCACAGAUCUCACCAGCAUGUCCUGGAUGCUACUCUCCUGCCUGAUGCUCUUAUCUCAGGUGCAAGGUGAAGAUGCCAAGGAAGAUGUCCCCUCUUCACGAAUCAGCUGCCCCAAGGGCUCCCAAGCCUAUGGCUCCUAUUGCUAUGCCUUGUUCAAGAUACCUAAAUCCUGGUUUGAUGCAGAUCUGGCCUGCCAGAAGAGGCCCUCAGGUCACCUUGUGUCUGUGCUCAGUGGAUCUGAGGCUUCCUUUGUGUCCUCUAUGGUUAAAAGAAGUACAAACAGUGGCCAGUAUGUGUGGAUUGGGCUCCAUGACCCAACACUGGGCCAAGAACCCAAUGGAGGUGGAUGGGAGUGGAGUAACGCUGAUGUAAUGAAUUACCUCAACUGGGAGGUAGUUCCUUCCAGUGCUUCAGGCGGUUACUGUGGCAGCCUGUCAAGAAGCUCAGGAUAUCUAAAGUGGAGAGAUAAUUAUUGUGACUUGGAGUUACAAUAUGUCUGCAAGUUCAAAGCCUAGAAGACAGAGUUAGCACCCUGAGAUUAGUAUGUAGCUCACCAUGAUCAAGAACCCAAGUGUGAAGACAGAUGCAAGAAGGGAACAUUCUCCAAUCCUAACCUCUAUCAAUUCUCUCCUCUUCUGCCCCUUCUUCACUUUCAUCUGAGAUUCUUUUGUGUGUACUCAUGCCUGAAUUCUCAGAGUGUAAUAAUAAAUAUAUAACUCAUAUGUA